AUCAAGCCAUAUGUAACAUUGUUCCACUUCGACCUUCCCGAGGACUACACAGCCUACGCUGAUCUGUGCUUCAAGACAUUUGGAGAUAGGGUGCAGCACUGGAUAACUCUGAAUGAGCCUGAAGUUUUUGCGGCAUAUGGGUACAUGAUGAACUUGUCAAUCUCAGUUGAUGCAGCAACAUUCCCCUACAUAGUUGCCCAUCACUUGAUUCUAGCUCAUGCUAGUGCUGUUAAAGUCUACAGAGAAACUUACCAGGCAACCCAAAAGGGACAACUAGGUAUAUCUCUAAGUACCCAGUGGUUUCUGCCCCUUGAUGACAAUUCGACUGCAGAUAUACAUGCAUCGCACAGGGCAUGGGACUUCUUGGUUGAUGUAAUCCACAACCCCUCUAUCUAA